AUGUCAUCAAACAAGAACAAACGUUUACAAAUCAUCGAAGAAUAUGUUCAAGGAUCAUUAAAAAAUAUGAAUGAUAUAUCGCAAAAUAAAAACGAAGUGGAUUUUAACAAAUACGUAUACGCUAUUCAGUUAGAUUUCGAAAGUAUAAAGAAAGAUCUAUUGGAAUUAAAACAUAAUAAAAUCGUAAAAGAAAAGCAAAAUGAGGUGAUUGAAGAAAAACUUGACUUGUUAAAAAUAAUUAAAGCUAAUAAAGAAGAAGUUGAAGAAGCUCUUGCGGAUAAACCAGAUACAUACGCUUUAAAUAAAAAGGUAUCCCAUAGUCAAUUUAAUGCUGUUUGUGAUGAUUUUGUACGAACAUUAAAUGAAGCUAUCACAAAAUUAAGUCAACAAGAAUCACUUUGUCAACAAUCUAUCUGUGAACUACGUUGUGAAUUUGAAGGUAAACUUGAUGAACUUGAAAUUCCAACAUUGAAAGAUUUCAUCAAAAAUGAAUUGCAAGCCUUAAAAAACCAAAUCCGUCUUCUUUCUGAUAUAAAACAAGAACAGGAAGCUGCUGGAGCUAAAAAAUUUCUUAGGAAUCUUCGUUGUAUAUCAUGCGAUAAGAAUGCUUUUAUGGAAACUAAUCUAAAGAUUAUUACUAAUGCUCGACCAUUUCCAUGUAAACCCAGUAUUAAACCUUAUUUAACUUUUAAGAUGGAUCAUAUUAGAGAUAAAAAAAUACGACAAAGAAAAAAAUGCAUUAAUUUGGAAAAAGUUAUGAGUGCCAAUUCGGAAAAAUAUAAAUAUGGACUUAUUGAAAUUAUGCCAAAAAAUUAUUUUUGUAAUCGAUAUAGUGGCGGAAAUCAUACGAUCGUAAGCCCUCAACGGAGGGUAACAUUACAAAAAGCUACGAAAUACUUUGGUAUGUGCUCAGAUGUAAAUGUACAAACAAUAGAGGGUGUUGUUGAAGGCACUGAUGGCCGAAUUUAUAGAGGUAGAUGGUUUAUUGAAUAAAAAUAUACUACACUUGCAAGCUAUUUAGUUGAUUAAUACUAUCG